UGCGCGCGGACACAGACGCACAGACCCGCGGAGCUUCGGUGUAUACAGUGUCUCGAUGCACUGCCCCGCGUGGAGAUGAUAUCCGCUCUGAAGGAGAAAGUGGGACAGGUGCUGCUCCCGGGGGACCAGUUCUUCUGCGAGGCCGAAGAAACGCUCUCUCUGUCGGCUACAGCGCGCAGAGACACCGCUGUGUGUGGACCGGGGCUGCGGAGGAGCGGGGACCGGGUGCUGGUGUGUGUCGGCGGACUCCUGCGCCACAAGGCCCCCAACGUGUUCUGGGUCCAGUCCCACAGCAAGAGGUACGUCCCGGCGAAGGGAGAAUGUGUGAUCGGCAUCGUCACAGCCAAGUCUGGAGAUGUGUUUAAAGUGGACGUAGGCGCGAGCGAGUUGGCCUCUCUGUCCUACCUGUCCUUCGAGGGUGCCACCAAGAGGAACAGGCCCAACGUGCAGGUUGGAGAUCUGGUUUAUGCUCAGUUCUUAGUGGCUAAUAAAGACAUGGAGCCUGAGCUGGUGUGCAUAGAUGGGGCCGGACGUGCUAAUGGACUCGGGGUGUUUGGCUCCGGAGGACUCAUGGUCAAAGUGUCUCUGGGACUAGUGCGAAGACUCCUGGCUCCAGGCAGUGAGCUCAUGGCUGACCUUUCCGGGCUCUUCCCCUCAGAGAUGGUCCUGGGUCUAAAUGGUCGAGUGUGGGUCAAGUCCUCCAGCGUUCAGCAGACCCUCAUCCUUAGCAACCUGCUCCAGAGCUGUGAGACGCUCAGUCCUGACCAGAGGAGGGCGCUCUUUCACAGGGUCAAACAGGGAACGCUAUGACAUGGACCAAACUGGGGCUAAAAUAAAGACUAAACCAGGCCCAAGUUGAGGAUCAUACCAGAACUGAAACUUUAACUGAACCAGGACUAAAAUCCAGAACUAAACCUGGACUUAAUUAGUACUAAAACAAAGACCUAACAAGAACUAAUCCAAGACUUAAAGGGGCUGUACCAAAUUUUCCCAUUAUAAAAAUGUAAUAAACAGAACAAGGUUUGCAGUGGUCCAAAGUUAUUCCUCACUUACCUUAUGCAUUCUGAGCAUUCUGAUUAUUCACCACGAUGAGUUUAUAAGCGAUUUUCACAACUUUCAGACCAGAGCAAAGUUUUCCCCUCAUGGUAAUGCUAAUAUCUAGCAUGCUAACGGUGCACUUCCUGAUUCCUGGACAAUAAAAAUACAUUUCGAUGC